AUGCACCUGCGCAGGAGCAUUGAAAAGGACAAGCAGAGGGCAGAGCAGCAGGCACGGGAGGUCAAAACUAAGGCGCAGGCCAUGGCUAUUGCUUUGUCAACAAUCGGCAAGUUUGUCAUUAAGAAGAAGGUGGGAGAGGAGGACAAGAUCUUUGGCAGUGUGACCACUACUGAGAUCGUGGAAGCAAUCUUCAAGCAGACCGGCCGCGAGCUCAACAAGAAGGAUAUUGAGCUCCCGGAGAUCACUUCAGUAGGCACAUUCCCUGCCACUAUCCGGCUGCAUCCGGAGGUCGUCGGCACCUUCAAUGUGGUUGUCCAGCGCGAGAAGAAUGCAUGA